AAGGUGAUGGACUACGUUUAUGAUGAUGACCUGGAUGAACUGUGUCCAGUCUGUGGAGAUAAAGUGUCCGGUUAUCAUUACGGUCUGUUGACCUGUGAGAGUUGCAAGGGAUUUUUCAAAAGAACUGUUCAGAAUAGCAAGCGCUACACUUGCACCGAGAAUCAGAAUUGCAAAAUAGAUAAAACUCAGAGGAAGAGAUGUCCGUACUGUCGAUUUCAGAAAUGCCUGACCGUGGGAAUGAGAUUGGAAGCUGUCCGUGCAGACAGAAUGAGAGGAGGAAGAAACAAAUUUGGGCCAAUGUACAAGCGUGACCGAGCUUUAAAACAGCAAAAGAAAGCCUUGAUACGAGCAAAUGGCUUUAAGCUAGAGACUGUGCCUCAAACAGUGUCAUCUGGGCAAACUGACUAUUCACUCCCAACUGCCAUACAUAAUAUACAUUCUUUAUCCAAAGGCAUGCCACCAAACCCAGCUGCUUUACCAGCCACAGAUUAUGACAGAAACCUUUAUGGAGCGCCACCAGUCGGCAUGUCCGUGCCAAACCAUGGAGUACUGCCAAACUAUCAGUACACAUCGUUUCAUAACCGAACAAUCAAGUCUGAGUACCCAGACCACUACGCAAGUUCACCAGAAUCUCUGGUUGGUUACCCCUAUCCAGACACCUAUCAAUCCAAUUCUCCUCCUUCAGUCCCACAGCUGAUUCUAGAACUCUUACGGUGUGAACCUGAUGAACUUCAAGUCCAAACUAAGAUUUUGACGUAUCUACAACAGGAACAGGCCAAUAGGGGAAAACAUGAAAAACUUAGCACCUUUGGUCUCAUGUGCAAAAUGGCUGACCAGACCCUCUUUUCCAUAGUUGAAUGGGCACGCAGUUGUAUAUUCUUCAGAGAACUUAAGGUGGAUGAUCAAAUGAAACUACUGCAGAACUGCUGGAGUGAGUUGUUGGUACUGGACCAUAUCUGCAGACAGGUACACCAUGGGAAGGAAAACAGUCUUCUUCUGGUGACAGGCCAAGAGGUUGAGUUAUCCACAAUUGCCAACCAAGCUGGAGCAACUCUCAUUAACUUGGUAUUGAGAGCUCAGGAACUGGCAGCUAAACUGCAGUCUUUACAGGUCGACAGAAGGGACAUUGUCUGCUUUAAGUUUCUCCUCUUAUUUAGUCCUGAUGUCAAGGUUUUAGAGAACAGACAUCUGAUUGAAAGUGUUCAAGAACAGGUCCAUGCUGCCCUCUUGGACUACACCAUGUGCAACUACCCACAGCAUGGGGACAAGUUUGGACAGCUGUUGCUGAGGUUACCUGAAAUCCGUGCAAUAAGUAUGCAGGCUGAGGAAUACCUGUACUACAAACACCUGAGUGGGGAGGUGCCAUGCAACAACUUACUGAUUGAGAUGCUUCAUGCCAAGAGAGCUUAA